AAGCGUAUAUUAGAAAUUUCCGCUUGUACGCGAUAAGCGAGUAAUCUGCUGGAAUUAUCAGUAAAGUUACGUCUGCGCAAAAUUCGAUAUUCGAAAUUCGCUUAAGCAGCCGCAGUUAGUCGCAGUACAAGUCUUCGCCGGUGUGGACGUGAAUGAGAAUCGAACGAAUCAAAUUAUGCAGGGAAAAAUGAAAGUAACUUCGCAAAGUCUGCAGUUGGUGGUAACCCUGGUGGUCAUUGCCUUGACUUUGGAUUGCGUCAUCGCUUUGCCCUCGCCCAUGUUGUAUAAACGGAAUCCUGCAGACAAAUUCGAAGCUGAUCUGGUGCCUGUCUCGUCGACAGUUAUUCCGUUGACUGUGCUCGAGGUGAGCUACGGACUUGGCGGCAAGCCAAGCGAUGAAUACAAGGCUGCCUAUCUCCGCAAGCUGCGUAAACAAGUCCAGCAAAAGGAAGCGAACUCUGCGUCCGUUUUAGCCACUGGCGAAGUCUCAGAGCUGCUGCCAGCGCCAAGCGAUGCAGACACCUUGAUCACAGUCAAAUCGCAACAGCAGGCGGCCAAAGUCAAGGCUGUUUAGUGCAGCUGGAACUGGAACUGAGACUGGAACUGGAACUGGAACUGGAAGUGGAACUGGAACCAGACGCCAGACCAGACUGAAACACUUUGUGCGUUGGCGUUCGUGUUGGUUGAGACUAUGAUAUCACUGCAACAACAACAAUAACAACAACAACAACAAACACAGUCUGAAUCAAUCUAAUAAAAAGAAAACAAAACUAAAAACAAGUCAAGGCAAAACAAGUCGAGUCGAAAGACUUCCAACGAAGGCCUUUUUAACUUGCUUUUGCCUAAUUGGCAAUUGUCAAUUGCCAACUCCAAACAGCCAACUAACAAGCCAGCCACGCAAUCGGGUAUGCUCGACUCUCAGAUACCCGUUACCUAUAGCAACUGAAUUGCGCUAACGCAUUUCGUCUUAGAAUGUUCAUUUUAUGCUUUUAUUAUUUUUGGUUAAAUUCAAAUUGAAAAUAAAUAAAAAAAAUGCAAACACAUUACUAACACAGUUUAGUACUCACCCGACAUUUAUUAUUUUUGAGCUGAAAAGACAAAACAAAAUUAUUGCUU